AUGGCGUCGGAGAAGAAGCUAUCGAACCCGAUGAGGGAUAUCAAAGUGCAGAAGCUGGUUCUUAACAUCUCUGUCGGAGAGAGUGGAGAUCGUCUCACCAGAGCUUCUAAGGUGUUGGAACAGUUGAGUGGACAGACUCCUGUUUUUUCCAAAGCAAGAUACACUGUUCGUUCUUUCGGUAUCAGACGUAACGAGAAGAUUGCUUGCUAUGUUACCGUCAGGGGAGAUAAGGCAAUGCAACUCCUUGAAAGUGGACUCAAGGUUAAAGAGUAUGAACUCUUGAGAAGAAACUUUAGCGACACUGGUUGCUUCGGUUUCGGUAUUCAGGAGCACAUUGAUUUGGGUAUCAAGUAUGACCCAUCUACCGGAAUCUACGGUAUGGACUUCUAUGUUGUUCUUGAGCGUCCAGGUUACCGUGUGGCACGUCGCAGAAGAUGCAAGGCUCGUGUUGGAAUCCAGCACAGAGUCACCAAAGAUGAUGCCAUGAAAUGGUUCCAAGUUAAAUACGAAGGAGUCAUUCUCAACAAGUCUCAGAACAUUACUGGCUAAAAAAAAACAUUAGUCUUAAUUCACAAACAGAGAUCCAUAGUCGUAUGUUUGUUUGUUUUUCUCUGGUCGAAUUGUGUGUUUUCUCAGUUUUGUUUUACUUCGUUAUCCAGACAUUUGAAUAUCAUUGCUUAUCUAUAAUGUUUCAUGGAUUAGAUUUUGGUUUAACGCUUAAAACUACGUGAAAUUAUUUAUCUAACGCCAAAACGCGUUUUUACUUGCA